AUGUCGUCAUCAAGGAUGGGUACGAACGUUGAGCAACAUCUUUUUUUCUUAGAUUGUUCUCGCUUUACUGAACAAUUUUUUAAGACCGAAUUAAAUGGGCUAAAGUGGAAAUGUGUUACGACACCGCCAUCGCACCGUAGUUGGGUUAACAUUGACCAGGAUCCUGUGCUUAGCGCCUACGCGAAAUGUUUACAAGCUGGUAUCUUAUGUGCAUGGAGACGGCAGCCAUCUCAGAUGCAUAAUACUUUGUCACAGAUACCACUACCAGAUUACAGGAUUGACGUUGUCAAAGAGCUAUGGGUUUUUUGGUACUCACCGGAUGAGCCAGAACUCGUGGCUCAGUAUACGAGUCAUUUAGCCUGUAUGUGCGGCGAAAAUGGGAGAGGAAAUUGGGCUACGGCUGGUAUACCGUACGAAAUACGGACGCUUUACUUUAAAGCUUUGCAUAACUUGAUUGAAAGGUUUGUUGCAUUUAGUGGUUACGUACGUAUCGGUAGAUACUUUGUUCGGCCGUAUGAUUUGCCCUCUUCGGAUCGCCUGCAGUGCUUACCGAGCUACAUUCUUGGUAUUAGCUUCAACUUUUUCGUUCAUGGGGAGAAUAUUGUUUGUACCUGUGUCAAUGUGCAAAAACAACCUGCUAUAUUUCGGCUCUCACCAGCGCAUUUGGAACUGCGUAAAAAGCAGGCAGUUAUUCUCGGUCCAUGGUCACUUCGUGCUCAUUUGAUUCCUAAAGAAAGUGAGGAAGUUCUUAGUGCGAAUCCCGUCCAGAAUCGACUAAUGAAUGAUCAAGAACUUCAUUCUUGCGUAGAAAACGAACCUGUUUCAAGCGUGAUAACGUUAGUUGCAGGUAUGCCGAAGUUAAAUCCUGGUAUCAAGUCGGAAUAUGUGAAUGAUAUGGCUUCAUUCGAUAGCGGUCAGCAGACUCGUUCUCAAGAGUUUUUUGACGAAGAUAGAUCUGUUUAUUCGAAUCCAGAUGCCAGUGGUUCGAAGGUGGAGAAAUUAUGGAACGACUGGGAAUUGUUUUUUGGUUUGUGCGGGGAAACGAAAUUGCCUGAAAAUUCUUUGCAUAAGAUGCGGUCAAACAGUUUUUUAGAAGAGGCAAAUAAGACUCCUAAAAAGCUUCCAAAAAUGGUAUUGGUUGACGUAGAUGGAGUUAGAAUGUGGUUUCCCAGCUCUCUUGUAGUCGUACAAGCGAGCGACGAUUUGACUCUAAGGAAUGUCGAGGGCGAGUCGAGUAAUGAAGAACAGGAGAACUUGAAUGAAAAUGUCAAGCAGGAAAUCGCUGAAGGUUUUUUGCCCGAUUUGGCUGUUAGUGUCAAUAAGGCAGCCGAUGGUCCUUCAUUACCUUCACAUGUUCCUCACUCCCUUAUUCGUAAAAAACGGCGGAAACGUUUAAACAGUGGCAUUCAAUAUCCACCCAAAAUCAGUAAAAAUCUUAUGUUCAGCUCAAUGGUCAACGGGUCGAGGGUGGCUCAAAGGUAUUUGGAAGAGGCGUGUAUUCUUCCUUUGUACAGUCGAAGACGUGAGAACACGGAAGUUUUACCUCCAGUUAUUGGAUCUAAAAAUGACGACGAUACAAAGUGGAAUUUAACCGAUGGGUUACGAGGCAAUGAAUGUGAUGCUGACCAACAUUUAUCUUGCCCAUGUCAUUUAGAGAAUUCUCUGAGAACUCCAAUUCCUAGUACAUCCUCCCGUGGUUCUCCGUGUAACAAAAUGUUCUGUGGGGACGAAAAUGUCGUGGGGAAGAACAAAGGAGUGAAAUUACCGUUUCACCAGCGCUCUCCAACUAAUUCAAAUUCUCCAUCACCUCCAUGCUCUCCCAUUUUCGGUCGUAAGUAUGAGCGUCGCUCACCAGAUUGGAUUUAUGACCAUAGUAGUCGUAACUCUUCACUGAGUGGUAGCAAGGGUCGUUCUGACUCAUUUGAUGAGGUGCAGUCAUUUUCGGAAUCUUCAGCCGAUUGUAAUUCCGGCUCUCCUGUCUAUCGACGACUAGUUAGAACUGCUUCAGUUGCACCGAAAAGUUCAUUGUAUCAUCAAAGUCUCGGCGUACAAAGGGAGAGUGAAUUAUCAGAACCUUUACUUGGGCAACUCGAUGUGGAAAUGAAAUGUUUCUUGCCAAAAAGGCUUACAAAGAAGAAUCGAACACGUGAGAAGAGGAAGAUCAGAAGUACUGAUACUGUUAAUGCUUUUGAUAUGAUUUUUUUAACAACUGGGAGAAAGGAAGAUUGGAAAUAUAGGGAAUGGGCUGAAAGAGGCGGCUCUGGCUUAGACUUCAGUAAUUCUGAGUAUGGUGACAAUAUAUGCAAAGAGAUGGAGACAGUACUGAAUGCGAAUUCCUUAGCCUGUGAUGUGUCUGUUCUGAAGGAUUUAACGUUUGGUGGUUCGAAUGUACAGGUUCGACCAUUCGGCACUGCUUAUGAUACCGACAUGGAGUCUCAUACUACUUACAUUAAUAACUGUAGUCCGUCUACUGUUGCCAUGAUGGACACAGAGAGCAUGGUUGUCACAGAUUCCGUUCAUCUUUCACCUCCUGCUAGCAAUGAACGGGUUGAACCAGCCGUUGCAUCUUCAAGUUUAACUGGGGCAGUUGCUAAUAAUUUGCUUGCACGUGUUGGUGGACCUCCGUCAGUAGGGGACUAUAAAAUAUACCCCACUCCACCGUCAGUAGAUGCAGUUCAGUGUAUUGGGAUGAACCAAUGUCCUCCUAGUUUACCUCUUUAUCAUCCUUUACCAAAUCAAACUAUGCAGAAUUCAACUAGCGCUAAUGAGCAGUUCCACGAGAACUUUAUGUUAGUUAAAAAUGAAGUCGACAAUGACUUAGUGUGCGGGCUUCAGGGAAAAUUUAUCGACUUGUCGGCUGAAAAACUUCCUCUUUUUGGGAAGUCAGUAGUUUUAAAAAUUGUCCUAUGUGGCAAAUAUGGUUCAGACUACCUCAAAGACGAAUUGGCUCACCCUAAAGGACCGUAUUUUGACAAACGUUGCCAAGCUCUCUUUUCUUUUGUUGCACGAUCGAAGCGGAAACAUAUUGCUGCAACUCCGAUUUAUCAGCCUUAUCGGGAAGAACAUAAACCAGAAGAAAAUAAAUUCCUAUCGUUUGACCGUACAAGAAGUCAUAUCGGGUCGUCUUUGACUAGUAGUCUUGCAAUUACUGGUCCUCAGCCAGGAAGUCAUGGACCUAUUUGCAUGACGUCAAAUAGCAGUUCAAAUUCCCUUCCUGGAGUAAUGCAUGCGAUGGUGAACUCACCUGUUGGAGGGAUGGGCCCAGGUCUACCUGUACGGCCACCAAGGCCGCAGUCUCUUGCAUAUUCUUCGCCGUCCGUAAUUAGCCAGCAUAAUCCCGGUUUUCUGAGUCCUCCAUCUUAUGGAGCAUCGAACUUAAUGAAUUCAGGAAGUCAAAUAGGUGGUAUGCAUACCAGUCCGAUGAACAUAACACCUCAAGGUUUGGGUAUGAUGCCCAGUCAGCCAUCUGCAAUGAUGGGUGGUGGUGUUGGAGGACAUUCAGGGAUGAAUAUGAUGCAUAGUGGUUUAAGCACCCAACCACAGCCCGUUCAGCAGCUCAGUCAGUUCGUUAGCAAUGCUACAUUUUCAAACCAGCAGUCAAAUAUUUAUGGUCAGCAGCUAUUCUACCAACAGCAGGUCUCAACACCAUUAGAACCUCCGCCACCAUUUUCUCAAGCGAUGAACGCACAGUAUACUGGUGGUGGAAGUGUAGGUAGCACUGCUCCAUCAAUUUACGGCCAGUCAGCGCAGAUGAUUCGUUCCAGUCCUUUCAUGGGUUCUGCAACUUCACCAAUGAUGCUCUCAGGUCCUCGUCCCAUACAGAACUCUAUGAUGAUCCAUUCGUCUGGGAACACUUCGUUGACCAACCCCUUGUACAACCCGGGACCUCCUGCUUUAUCUCAGAAUGCAAGUUUGGCUAAUACUGUGACGCCCCCUCAACAUCCGGAAGGAAAUUCUCUUGCUCUGGCAGUUUUACUUCAGGACACUGUUCUCGAUUUACAUUAUGAUUCAGCUUUUGAUGCUUGCCCGUUGUGUUCUUGCAAUGGAAAUAUUCGAACGAAGGAGCUAGGCAUGUAUAUAACACCCCCAGAGGUUCUAAGGCAAUCUUCAUCGGUGCAAAACCCUAUUGUAAACAGGCCAACUAGCGGGUUUUACAUCAAUACUAAUGCAACGCAGAAUUGUAACUGUGGAUUCAGUGCUGUUCGCCAUCGUUACUUAAGCAUGAAAGCAGGAUUGUUCCCAGAAGAUGCGAAAGAAGCAACUGACAUUGUUGAUAGCCAGAGUCAACCGGUUAUUCCCCAUACUAUUUGGUUUGACCCGAUCAGCAAAAAGGAUAUCGACUUUAUUGCUUUAUUGUGUGAACAAACUUUAGUUCACGAUCUCAGUGGGUUCCUGGAUCACGUUUCGCUUCUUAAUAGACAGUGUGAGAGAGCUGUUCAGAAUGAUCAUGGAGGAGCUGAUUGUGUAAAGAAGACGGAAUAUGUUGUAUCAGAUGUCGAUCAGCGCGAGUUACCUCUUGUAUUCCAAGCGGCAUGCGAAGUAGCAUGUAUGGAGAUGAAUUGCAGACGCCCAAGAGGGAAUUUCCAGAAUUUAAUUUGGCAUGAUUGGGGCGUGCAGAUCGCUAAUGAGAUGUACGAACCGAGAGAAGCAGAAUGUUUGGCAGUCCUUCAUGAAAUUGGACCAGUGUUAGAAGAGACUCUACGCAAGGCUCGUUCGGCACAAAUGGGUGGUAGUAAUAAUAUUGUUGAAGGACCAUUAACUUGGAGACAUUUUGAUCGGAAGUCUUUGAAGACAGGCGGCGGCAUUGAGGAUGACAGUUUUCCAGAACCAAUUCCAAAUAUUCUAAUGGCAUCAGAAAAAGAUGCUAUUAGUGCUUCACCGCAGGCCUUGCGCAUAUGGGAGAAAAUGUUGUUGGAGCCGUAUGAUCAACCAAAAGAUGUGCUGUACAUUGCCGUUGUUCCUGACAGCAUUAUGUGUGUUGAGAAAUCGAAGAAGUAUUUUGAGGACCUUUCAAGGAUCUAUGAGCAGUGCAGAUUUGGAAGACAUCUUCCUUUUGCAAAAGACUCGUUAAAGGAUGGAUUUUUACGGGUUCCGACUCGGCUACCAGUAACUAAUCCGAAUGAUUUCUUGAAGCAAGUUGAAAGGCACAUAAACAAUGGCGCGUCGCUAAUCGCUAAGCUUAAUGUCCAGGCAACUGUUGCGGCUUCGGUGUCUUCAAAUACAACACCGAAUGCAAAUGGAAACGAACAGAUGCCUCCUCCAUCUCUGCCUGUUAGUGGCACUACAUCUCACACUGAAGGAAGCUUGACAGGAAUGCCCGGUCCCAGUGGUCCGAGUCCAAUCAGUUCAAUAAAUUGCAGUGUAGAGCAGUCAGGGACAACCAAUUUGGGGAAUGAAAUCCAAGGUCAAUCUUCAGUAGCUGCUCCACCACAAAUUCCCGAACAGAUUGCAGAAGGCUUUGCUAAAGAUGAAUCUGGAACACUCCCUCAUGUGAUUGUCCUUUACUUGGUAAACCCAUUUUUGAUGGGGGCUGAUGAAAGUCCUUUAGUAGCUCGUGUAGUUACUGUUGCCUUAAUGAGAGCAUUCACGGCGCUGCUUGAUCACAUUGACUUGCGUCACAGGCCACAACUGCAAAUGGAAAUAAUUGGUCUACAAACUAUCUUGGAUUACAAUGGCACUACAGUCGACAUACUGAAAGAUGAGUGUGGUCAAUUGAAUGCUCUGGAUCAGGGUCGUAUGGAAAAGACGUUGAAUGAACGUUUAAGCUCUUUGGAUGCUAUGAAAACAAUUGCAUUUUCUGUAUAUUCACAAUCGCGAAUUCUUUUACCUGACGUUGUGGGUAGCAUCUUACCAACUAGCAUGACUCGGUUUGGCCCGGCGUCAGCUAUGAAUGAUUUACUUGAGAAAUUGCGCAAGAACGAGGAUCCUGUCUUUUACAAAGUGCCUAGCAAACCUUUUAUUCUCGCACCUCCGCCACCUGUAAUUCUGCGCCCGAACAACGAGCUGAUGCAAAUUAGCACUGAAGAAACGGUGCUUUUUGUCAGCUAUUGCCUUAUUGGCUUAGAUUUUCUUGCAGCGGCGGUAACUGACCAUCAGGGUCAUCUUCUAGAUAACUGUCUUAUCAACCUUCGAGUAAAACCGGACCAUAAAAGGGGGAAUCUGCGUUACAAACAGUCAACACAGAUUCGCGAUAGUUUGUACCGUCUUUGGUCGUACAUUCUGGGCACUUUAGCUACGGGUACUAAAAACUGGAGGCUUGUCAUUGGUAAAGUUGGGAGAAUUGGACAUGGAGAGUUUAAAUUUUGGACUCAACUUCUGAGCAAAUCGUAUUUAAAGCAAGUUCCAUCGCGCAUGAAGCAGGCCUGUCGCCCUUGCCACCAAAUGCCGGGAACUGCGGAGGUUCCCGGUGUGCUCUCAGCUUGUUUGGUCAGUCUGGAACCAGAGGCUCAUUUGCGAGUAUUCCCCUCGUCGUUCCAACAUGAUGAAAGAUUUGCCAAGAACGCCCGCUACCGUAUAUUAAACACUCCUGAUGAUGCUAGCUGUACACACAUUCUUGUAUUUCCCACCAGUCCCGAACUGAACGUAAUCAUACGACUUGACCACCAAGGAGGAGCAGGAGGCAACGAUUAUGAUGACCUUUCAACUUUGCUUGAUGGGGAGAUUCCAGAAGAAUUUUCUGCUAUAAUUAAGAGUGAAGAUUUAAAUCCUAACACUACAGGACAGUCAACUAGCAUGCGUAUUACAGGGAAUACUGGUAUUCCUACAGAGUACACAGAUGUGUUUGAAAACCAGCCACUUGCUGCUGGCUAUUACAUUUCCACCGCGCCGGCAUCUGAACUUCCAGAGUGGUUUUGGUCAUCAUGUCCUUCUGCGAAACGCAGGAAUCCAGUUCACUUGAAAAGUUCUCUUCAUCUAAACACUAACAACGUCCAACAAGGUGAUGAUAUAACUUUGAGCGCAAAAGGUUCGGAAACUUGCCAACACCAGCUCGAUAGCCAGUCUACUGUUGAUGUGCUAAGGUAUGUGUUGGAAACGUACAAUGCGCUUUCGUGGUUAAAUGUAGAUUUGGUGACAGGAGAGAGGCGUUCUUGCUUGCCAGUACAUAUUCAGGCUCUUAUGCGGUUGUGUAACACGGUCGAUAGGCUAAUUAACUAA